AUGGCACUUAAAAGAAUCAACAAAGAAUUGCACGAUUUAGGGCGUGACCCACCAUCAUCUUGCAGUGCUGGACCUAUUGGUGACGAUCUUUUCCACUGGCAAGCUACAAUUAUGGGACCCACUGAUUCUCCAUAUGCUGGCGGUGUAUUUUUCCUUGCUAUCCAUUUUCCCACAGAUUAUCCGUUCAAACCACCAAAAGUUAAUUUUACAACAAGAAUUUAUCAUCCGAAUAUUAACUCUAAUGGUUCCAUAUGUCUGGAUAUCCUAAGAGACCAAUGGUCGCCUGCUCUAACUAUUUCUAAAGUUCUUCUGUCUAUUUGUUCCAUGUUGACUGAUCCUAAUCCAGAUGAUCCACUUGUGCCUGAGAUCGCACAUGUUUAUAAGACCGAUAGACCUCGUUAUGAGGCAACUGCCAGGGAAUGGACACGUAAAUAUGCUACAUCAGAGGAUAUGUCUGGUCAUCCAAUUGCUCGCAGGUUGAACACUGAGCAAUGUGAGCUAGUUCAACAAAUGUCUACUGCUGGAUCCCAUUCUUGUGAAAUUUUGUCAACCAUUCAUCAGAAUGAUCCUUCUUCUAUGGCCACAUCCAGAACAAUCUACAAUACUCUGCAUUCCAUUCAUGAAGAAAGACUUGAUG